GAUACUCCGUGUUUUGGUUCCGGUCUGGUCGAACCGAAAGAUCAUCACUAAAACAAUAGCUAAUUUCGAGACUUUCUUGUAAAAUUAAGAAAAUUUCUAAUCAUGGAAAGACAAGGAGUAGUUCGAGAUGAAAAAACAGGAGAACUGUAUAUACCGGCCACGCAAAGACCCAAUGGAACUUGGAGAAAGCCAAUUCGAGUAAAAGAAGGGUAUAUACCUCCAGACGAAAUGCCAGUAUACCAAAACAGGGGAGUAAGAUUUAGGAAAGAGCAAGAAAGUGCUCUGCCUCCAGGCCUCCAUCUCGACAAACCAAGCUCAAACGAAAAUAAAACGAAAAAGCCUAAGAAGAAAAAGAAGCAGCGAGAGGAGGAACCUUCCAAACCUAGUAGUAAUGAACCGAAGAAAAAAUCAACCGAAGAUCCCAAACCUGAAGACGGAUCUGAGGCAGCAGUACAAGUUAUUUCAGAUGAGAAAAAAUUAAGAAAUUUAAAGAAAAAGCUAAAACAAACAGAAGAAUUAGAGAAUAAAAUAAAGAGUGGAAAUUUAGAAAAACCAGAUCCUGAUCAAAUAAAAAAGAUUGAAAGAAAAGCUGAUCUAUUGUUGGAAAUAGAAAAAUUAGAAAAACUUCUAAAUUCUACACUAUAACUAUCUAAAAUAAAGGUUUUUAAGAUAUUUGUAUAAGAUUUCAAAUAAAAUUUUUAAUAGUUCUGUUGAAUCAAUUUAUCAAUAAAUGUUUCUGCCAGUUAGUCUAAUGU